AUGGCAUAUGAAAAGAUUCCAUUUGGUUUGUCAAAUGCUGGUGCCACUUUUCAGCGUGCUAUGGAUAUGGCAUUUUAUGGUUUAAUGUAUAAAUUUGUACUUGUUUAUUUGGAUGAUAUCACUGUUUAUUCCAAAAAUUCAGUUGAACACCUAGCUCACCUAAAGAAACUUUUUGAGAGGUGUAGAGAGUAUGGUAUAUCUCUUAACCCAAAUAAAUAUGUGUUUUAUGUUCAUGAGGGUAAGCUCCUGGGCUAUGUGGUGUCAAAUGAGGGUAUUACUAUUGAUCUGAAGAGGGAUAUUCCUUUCAGCUGGUCUAAGGAUGGGCCGAGGAGUUUUGAGCUUAUAAAAGAGGCACUUGCAGCUGCUCCUACUUUGCUAAACCCAGAGUUCUCAAAAGACUUUAUGUUGUAUGCUUAUGGCAGUAUUGACAACAUCUUAGCUAUGUCAGUUCAAGAAAAUGAGCAUGGUUUGGAGCAUCCUUUGGCCUUUUUAAGUCAAGGCCUUAAGAAUUAUGAGGAGAAAUACUUUGUUGAAAAACAUUUAAAGAGUUUUUUUCUCAACAAAGACUUAAAUGAUAAGAGGGCUGGUUGGGUGACUAAGGUGAUGGAAUUUGAUGUUGAUAUUAAGGUCACCAAGCUAGUUAGAGGUAAGGGACUAUGUGAGAAGCUUUCUUAUCACACAAACAACAGUGAAGAGGAUGAGGAGAAGGUUGUUUUAGCCCUCCAAGACGAAGAACAAGUAGAUGUUCCUAUUCCUCCUAUUAGCUGGGUUGAUAAGGUAUUGCAUGAGUUUCAUGAAGGAUCAACGGGAGGACACUUUUCAGCAAGAGCUACAGCUCUAAAAGUUAUGAAAGGAGGCUAUUAUUGGCUUAAUUUAUUUAGAGAUGCACACUCCUGGGUUAGAAAGUGUAAAGAAUGUGCCAUGUUUGCAAGAAAAGAGAGGUUAGCAGUGCUACCAUUGCAGCCUAUUCAUGUAGAACAACCCUUUAUGAAGUGGGGUUUGGAUUUCAUCAGAUUCAUUAAGCCACCUUCAAGUGCUGGCCACAAGUGGGUGAUCACAGCCACUGAUUAUUUUACUAAGUGGACUGAGGCUGUAGCACUGAAGGAAGCAAGUGAGACAACUAUUUUGAACUUUUAUGAUGAGUUGAUAACUAGAUUUGGUGUCCCUGAAUCUAAAGUUUUGGAUAAUGCUCUUUCUUUUGUAGGGAGCCGAAUAUCUAAUUGGCUGGAUAUGAUUGAAGAAGAGCCUAUGUCAGCAAGAUUGGCUCAGCUGAUUGAGCUAGAGGAAGUUAGAAAUAAGGAAAUGAGGCAAAUUGAGCAUCACCAAGCUCAAAUUAAAAGAUAUUUUGAUAAGUGGGCUUCUCCUAGAGUGUUUAAGGAAGGUGACAUUGUCCUGAAAUGGGAUGAAUUUAGGAGCAGGCCAGGCAAGCAUACAAAGUUUGAUGCUUUUUGGAGUGGGCCUUAUAUGAUUUCUGAGUACAAGCAACACAAUGCCUUCCAGCUGUCUAAGUUGGAUGGUGAAGCUUUGAAUAGUGAUAUUGCACUCAUUAUUCAGUCUAUGGGGGCUAAUACUUUACCAACAAGAUUUGAUGUUCCCGUUAGGGCCGAGAAUAGUCUUAUUCAAGUAGGGAAGAUAGCACCUAGGCCUCCCAUGCCAUUUUUUGCUGAUAUACAACCCAUUAUCCCUGUAUUUCCACCUAUUAUAGUUGUUGUACCUUCAUUUCCAGCAUAUAAUGCUCAAGUUGUAGCUCAAGAGCAUGUUGUAUUGAUGGUGCAAAACAGUGUUGUUGUUCCAAUAAAUCAGUCUCAGGAAGCUAAUGAACAACAAUUUGUACCCAUGGAACAAGGUACUCUUGAUGUUACUUUGAUGAAUUGGCAAGGUGAGGAGUUUUUUGGGGUUAAUCAGCCUCAAAAUUAG